AUGCCUACAAGAAAGAAAACAUUGACAUUCUGUUUGAGCUUUCUCACAAGCCUUGGGUCUUUCAUCCUAAUUUGCUGUAUUCUUGGAACACGAGCCUGGGUCACCAGCACAAUUACCAUUACUGACGACCUUUUAAAUGGAAGUGUGAUCAUCUCUUAUGGACUCUUCUAUGGCAAGAGUGUUCAUGAACUGGACCACGGACUUGCAGAACCGGACAAAGAUUUUGACGUUUUAGGAACCCUGGGAAAUUCUUCCCAAAAGGCUCUGCAUACAGUGGUUAUCGUGUUCCUGGUCCUGAGUUUGCUCACCUUGCUGCCGAGUGGCGGGUGUACUUGCUACAAUAGCAUCAGCAACCCCUACCACACGAUCUUGGGCCCAAUGGGAGUGUACAUCUGUAAUGGGCUCAGCGGGUGCUUUAUUUUUCUGACCAUGAUACUGUUUGUGGUGAACACGCAGAACAACCAUCUGUCAGAGAAGCUGUCCCAGGCGUUCUACCCAACGGUCACUCAUAAGGGAGCAACCCACAACUAUGGAUACUCAUUUUGGCUCAUGCUGCUUGUCAUUCUUCUAAAUAUAGUCACCAUACUCAUCAUGGUUUUCUACCAGAAAGCCAGAUACCAGCAGAAGAAGGAACAGAGGAAGCCGAUGGAAUAUGCCCCAAGGGAUGGGAUUUUAUUCUAA